GUCGCUGCUGUCGUUCUUGCCCUGCACCAGUGUGGCAGCCAUGUCAUGGCUACUGCGCAGCAUCACCACUCUGGCUCUGUGUCUCCCGCUGCUGCUGCUGGUGCUGGCACAUCACUGCCGCGCCGGCGAUCCGUUCGCCAUGUUCGAGUUCGAGCUGACCCCGGAGGGCGGUAAAGACUGCUGCGCAGAGGCCGACCGCUGUCACCGUCUACUCGAUGCCCUGGGACCGCUGCGCGCGCGCUGGGCGACGAGGUCUCGGUGUCCUGCAAGAGUUUCUUCCUCUACCACCGCUCCAGCCCCCACACCCUCGCCAGCCGCCGCCGGUCCUUCCAGGCCGCCCAGCAGACACCAGCUGAACUCUGCGUUCAUGCAGCGGCACGUGAAGAGGACGCUGAAGCUACUCCGGAUACAUGAGGACGUCCAGCCGGCCGAACGCGAGACGUUUCAGCUGAGAGGCCGCAUCUCUGAAGUGCAGGUGCUCCGAUUGCGUCAGUUCCUGGCUGGCUCCGACCACAUCUCUCUCGUCGAGACCGACGCCAUUCUGGAGGACAUAUUUGCCGACUCCGAGUUCGAGUCCCUGCUGACUGAAGGCCAGCCGCGCUGGCUGCGUCAGCUCCGUCAGCUGAUACCAGAUGUCUCUACUGAGCUGAUUCCUCUGCUACUGACCACCCUCCUGGGUAGCUGGCUGCUCGUGGCACUGCUGUUCGGGAAGUCCUGGACGUACGUGCUGAGCAGAAUGCUAGUGCUAGUGCUAGUGGCGAGUUUCUUCUGGCAUUGGAAUCAUCUGUAUGUGAGGGCACUCGCUGAAAGACAUCUUCAACUAAACCCUCCGGAGGGAUGUGAGAAAGGUGACAGGGGCUGGACGGACGGGCUUCUACACUACGUCCGUGGGCUAGUCAGCUUCGUCAAAACGGAGGACAAGUGCCGCCAUUACUACAUGCGCCUGCACGUGGAUCCGUUCUCGGAAGUAUCGCCCGGUAUGGCUCUGGCGGAGACAUUGACCAAGAUGGUGCUACAUCCUGCCGAGCAGUGUGGCCGGGCGCUGGGAAGAUUCUAUGUGGCUCUCGGCGCUGAAGUGCCUACUAUAUGGAUGAUACCGCUGACGAUAAUCAGUUUGGGGUUCUUUCUCGCGCUGGUCGUGAUCGGUUGUCGCUGUCGACCACCAAGCUCAGUCAGUCGAGAUGACUCCGAGGCGCUGCAUGUGACGGUCGAGCCGGGACAGGAGAGGGUGUACCUCGUGGUGACGGCUCGUGGAGAGGUGCAGCCGGUGGGCGCCGAGUCACGCCGAAGGACCCUGGUGCAGCGCGCCGGUCCCGAGCGGGUCGGAUGGCUGGCCUGGACCGGUCGGGGGCUGGUGAGGUCCGUGUCGGCCGGGGCACUGAUGGCUGGAGGCGCUAUGGCGGGUGGUACCAGAGCCCUCCUCAACAGGAGAGCCCCGUCCGCACCGCCGCUGUCGCAGCAACGUCUGGUAGCCGUGGAGGAGACUGUGGAGGACUCCCCGUCUCGGUACGGAGGCGGGGAUGGCGCCACCCCCGCCCUCACCCCCGCCCGAGAGGACAGAAGCACAGGAGAAGGUCCUGUGGUCUUCAACGCCAGUGAGAGUUCCAAAACGGAGCAGACCAGACCAUCUCACUCUGCCAAGGAAACCUCUCCUAGUGCGCCUGGACCCGACCACGAGAGAAUCCCUCGAUCCCCAAUGACGUCAGCAUCUCCAAUGACGUCAUUGGCUACAUCUGUCGGCACAUCAGGAGGCGGAGACGCCAGCUCGCCCGGUGUGAUGGAGCGGCGGCCGGACCGCGCGGAGGUGGCGCCGCGUGGUGGCGGAGAUGAGAACGUCGAUCCGCCGUCGUCACCGUUCUUGACGAGGAUCAAAGAAGUGAUGGAUACGUCGCUGGAAGACGUGGAGGGAUGAACGGGUUGUAGGGGAUGAAUGCACUACGGGUUUGCAUAAAAAACAAUGUCUACUGUCGAGAUAUGAGGCAGUCUUAGCUAUGAGUGGAAUGUCACAUGCUGCUGAUGCCUUAUUUCGCUUGUCGGUGGGAAGAAUGGUUCGGAGUUGGGUCUAUGCACAUUUUUUGUGUGAGCUGCCAUUCUACAAACGUUUGUAAUGUGUUUUUGUUGUGAUCAUUUGAUGGUCGGCUAUGAUAUGGCAUCUGUAUGCGAGUCAUUGUGGUGUAAGCACUUGAGCAGUAUUGCUUUCUCACAUCUCACAAAGGGCGUUUUUUUUUUAUUUGAUUGCGCAUGACAGGUUUGUGGCUGUGAUUAUGUCUGAGGAGACGAGCGGGAUAUUUGCGGGAUAUCGCACUAAGUGUCACGCAAUCAUUUCCAUUGAUUACAUGUGUGCAUUAUCAGUUUAUGAGCAGGUAGCUGAUCAAUAAACGCACAUCAUCUGCUUCCUCAUA